AUGCUGGGGCGACUGCGUCCAGGGCUGGCGGGCGGAAAGCGGUGGCAGGCGGAGCUGGUGCGGCAGCUGUCGGGGAGCAGCAGACGAUGCAGCGCGCACUCGCCGAUGGGACAGUCGGUGGAGGCGGGACGCAAGAAGGUGACGCUGACGUCGUUGCGGGCGCAGUACGAUCGGGGCGAGGCGAUUGCGGUGCUGACGGCGCACGACUUUCCGUCAGCGCACGUGGCAGAUGCGGCCGGCAUGGACGUGAUCCUGGUGGGCGACAGUCUGGCGAUGGUGGCGCUGGGAAUGGAAGACACGAGCGAGGUGACGGUGGACGAGAUGCUGCUGCACUGCCGAUCGGUGGCGCGGGCCACGCGGACGGCCUUUGUGGUGGGCGACCUGCCCAUGGGCUCGUACGAGGUCGGCCCAGAACAGGCGCUCGCCACGGCCAUCCGCUUCGUCAAGGAGGGUCGCGUGCAGGCCGUCAAGCUGGAGGGCGGCCGCGAUGUGGCCCCGUCGAUUGCUCGCAUCACCGCUGCCGGCAUCCCGGUGCUGGCCCACGUCGGCCUGACGCCCCAGCGCCAGCACGCCCUCGGCGGCUUCCGCGUGCAGGGCCGCACGGCUGGCAGCGCCCUGCGCGUGCUCGAAGACGCUCUCGCCGUCCAGGAUGCCGGUGCUUUCGGUGUUGUCGUCGAGGCGGUGCCGGCCGAGGUUGCUGCCAUCGUCACCGACCGGCUCGACGUGCCCACGAUCGGCAUCGGUGCCGGCAGCGCCUGCGAUGGCCAGGUGCUCGUCCAGGCCGACAUGACCGGCAACUUUCCGCCAGGCCGCCACCUGCCCAAGUUUGUGCGCCAGUACGGCGACGUCUGGGCCGAGACUCGUCGUGCCAUUGAGGCCUAUGGCCGUGACGUCCGGUCGCGUGCCUAUCCGGCUCCCGAACACUCGUAUUCCAUGCCGGCCGAGGAGCUGGCCAUGUUUGCCAAUGCCGAGCGACGACGGGAGUAG